AUGGAGAAGGUACCAGGAUUUUUGAGAUUCGCUAGUCCAAAUGAACAACGCACCAUCGCUCGUGAGCACACCGGUGUCUAUCACGCUGUGAUCAUCGGAGCAACUUAUCAAUUUGACGAGAGCUUCAAUGUGCACGAUCCGAGUACUUUUUACAACGCACUCCAUCAUUGUAUCCAGGAGCAUCCGUUUCUUUCCGUGGCUGUGGGUGAUGCGCAUACCGACAAGUCCUACUAUCGGCGUGUCACGACGACCACAUUGAAAGAUCACAUCGCGAUUGUAGAGCAAAGCGCAAACCAUGACGAUAAUACUACCAUCGGGCAAAUGCUACAGGGACAUCUCCAUGGAACGUGGCCCGAAGGAAUCUCUCCGUGGAAGAUCAUCGUGCUGCCUCUGCAGGAAGCUUGUUUUAUCGCGUUCUCCUUCUCACACGCCAUUGGCGAUGGCCCUACCGGGCUAGCUUUUCAUCGAAGCUUCCAGCGGGGGUGCAGCCGCACGUUGUAUGCAGCCCGAGACACACGGCCCGAUACGAUGCAGAACCCGGUGACGCCAUUCCCGAGCCCCUUUGACACGCCGGAGAGGCUACCUAUUUCCUGGGGAUUCCUGCUAUCGCCGUUCAUAGCUCAAUUCCUCCCCUCGAUGGUCGCGGAAUGGCUCGGUAUGAAAGCGAGCGUAUCUCCGGUAGACUCGGGUACAUGGCUUGGAGCGAAGAUCCCGAGCGUCGAAGAAGCGGCAUCUGCUCAGAGCAUGCUGGUUGUUCGCGAGGUAGAGCCACGAGUCUUGGUGAAUGCUCUUCAGCAAGCGAGGAAGCAUGAUGCAAAAUUCACCGGGCUGUUCAUUCGCUGCAUCGCUCGAGCACUCUCACAAACUGUUACUGAUGUGGGAGUCACGAACUUCGUCAACCAGACCGCCAUCAAUAUGCGGAGAGCAGCCAGCAUCCCACAGGAUGAAGGAGGCAUGUACGUUUCCGGCACGUAUAUCAGAUACGACCAGCCUGGGGCACACAUGGCAUUUGGCGGAGAUGACUGGAAAGCAGCGCGUAAUUCUACAAAACAGCUCGCAGAGUCUGCAGUGCAGCUUCAGGAUCAAGCCAUCGGACUGUUGCGAUACGUGUCCAGUAUGAGAAAGUGGAUGCUGGGUAAAUUCGGCCAGACGCGCGACUGUUCAUACGAGGUGAGCAACGUUGGGGUUGCCAACAGCAACGAACACGAUGCAGGUACUCCCCGGCAAACGAAGUUUGUAUUUGCGCAGCCAGGGCACGUGCUGAGCGCGCCUCUAGCCUUCAAUGUAGCCAGCGUUGGUGGUGGCGCAUUGGUGUAUACAGUAACGUGGCAGGCCGGUGCAUUGGAUUUGGGAAAGGGUUCCGAGGAGGAGUUCGUUACGAAGGUGUGUUCGCUGCUCGAGAACGACCUGCAGAACCUGGAAUAG